CGGCGGCGGCGGCCACGGCGCAGACACACGCCUUCCCGCCGGCGCGCGCCGGGGCAGAGCGGGCGGCCGGGCGGCCGAGCCUCCCCCGGAGCCGCGCGCGGGGCGGGCCGGGCCUGAGGCUCGGCAUGGAGCCCGAGAUGCAAGCGGCGGAGGAGGGGCCCAGCGCGCCCCGCAUCUACAAGCAGCGCGGCCCCUACAGCGUCCUCAAGACGUUCCCCAGCCGGCGGCCGGCGCUGGCCAAGCGCUACGACAGACCCACGCUGCUGGAGCUGCCGCCCGCGCGGCCGUCCCCGCUGCCGCCGCCGCCGCCGCCGCCGCCCUUCGCGCCGCUCGCCGCCGUGCCCAUCAGCAGCAGCGAGCCGCCGCCGCCGCCGGCGUUCCCGACGCAGCCUUCCUACCCGGCCGGCUCAGGCCGGGCCCCAGCCGCCGCCGCCGCCUCGUCGUCGUCGCCGUCGUGCACGCCUGCCGCGCCCCCGAGCCACCCGAGGACUCCGGCGCCGCCGCCGCCGCCGCUCACGGCCGCCGCCGCGUCGUCGUCGUCGUCCUUCGCCGCCGUCGUCAGGUACGGCCCGGGCCCGGCGAGCGGCGCGGGCAGCAGCAGCGCGGGUAGCGACGGCGCGGGCCUGGAGCUCAGUGCAGAGAGCCGGAUGAUCUUGGAUGCCUUUGCCCAGCAGUGCAGCCGUGUUCUUAGUCUCUUAAAUUGUGGAGGAAAACUUCUGGACUCCAACCAUUCUCAAUCCAUGAUUUCUUGCGUCAAGCAGGAAGGCUCUAGUUAUAAUGAAAGACAGGACCAGUGUCACAUUGCAAAAGGGGUCCAGAGUCAGACCUCCGACAACAUAGACAUAGAAAUGCAAUAUAUGCAAAGAAAACAACAAACUUCUGCCUUUUUGAGAGUGUUCACUGACUCUCUCCAAAAUUACCUGCUCUCGGGGAGCUUCCCGACACCGAACACCUCGUCAGUCAGUGAGUAUGGCCACCUGGCUGAUGUGGACCCUCUGUCAACCUCCCCAGUGCACACAUUAGGUGGCUGGACCUCUCCAGCAACAUCCGAGUCCCAUGGUCACCCAUCGUCGUCCACACUGCCAGAGGAGGAAGAGGAGGAGGAAGAGGAAGGCUACUGUCCUCGUUGCCAGGAGCUGGAGCAGGAGGUUAUCUCACUGCAACAAGAAAAUGAAGAGCUCAGAAGGAAAUUAGAGAGCAUCCCAGUGCCCUGCCAGACCGUCCUAGAUUACCUAAAGACAGUGCUGCUGCACCACAACCAGCUCCUGCCACAGCCCACCGACCAGCCCACCGAGGGAAGCAAGCAGCUGUUGAACAACUAUCCUGUCUACAUAACGAGCAAACAGUGGGAUGAGGCUGUAAAUUCUUCCAAGAAAGAUGGGAGACGGCUCCUUCGAUACCUCAUCAGAUUUGUUUUCACAACCGAUGAGCUUAAGUACUCAUGCGGCCUUGGGAAAAGGAAAAGGUCAGUGCAGUCAGGAGAGACAGGUCCUGAAAGACGCCCUCUGGAUCCAGUUAAAGUCACGUGCCUCCGAGAAUUCAUUAGGAUGCACUGUACCUCGAACCCUGAUUGGUGGAUGCCCUCGGAGGAGCAGAUCAACAAGGUGUUCAGUGAUGCUGUGGGUCAUGCCCGUCAGGGCCGGGCAGUGGGGACCUUCCUGCACAACGGUGGCUCGUUCUACGAAGGCAUGGAUCACCAGGCUUCCCAAGACGAGGUCUUCAACAAGAGUUCACAGGAUGGAGCUGGGGACUAGCAGACAGGCUGUUCCCACCCUGGCAGUGGUGUUUUUGUUUUCUGUUUUGUUUAAGAGCUCCAAUUGUGAAUGUCCAUUUCCUUGUCACCUUAGAGUUCGAAGCAUGUUAUUCUGUCAAUACUUUACACAUUCUCAAAUUUAAAACUCUUGACCCACUGCCACAGUCCCCAAAUAGAAAUCCACUUUAGGGUUUUUGGGGGGAAGUCUUUGGCACCUGCAGUAGACUUUGGGUGUAUGGUAUCACAGGGGAAAAGGCACAGUUGGCAUGAGGUCAUUACUAACUAGACACUGAGGGUGUCUCCUGUCCCAGAUCUUCGGGUAAGCCUGGCCUCCUGAGCAGAGCUGGUCUCCAGGGAAGGUUCAGUUAGUGUCCUGCACGUAGGAGAAGGAAAGACACACAGCUGUUUCGAGGUACAAAGCAACAAGCAUUUUCUUAUUCGAUUCAAGUAAGUUGUCUUUCGAUUUUCCAAAGGCUUGCAUUCAGGGUUCUCAGCAGUGACACAGUAUAGACGACACUGGAAGCUUCUGUAUAUUAUAAGCUUAUUGAUGCAAAGCCAGGAACAGAGGCCAUGUGUGUAGAGUGGCUAAGUGGAAGCCAGCUGCUUCUCUGUUAUCUUACAGUCAGAAUUCACUGUGUCGAUCAGAAAGGCAGACUCAUCUUUGUGGUUUACAAGCAGGAGAUUCUCGCUAUAUCUUUAGGAAACGUCCAAAGAUUCAAAGCCAUUUUCAAAUUCCUCAUUUCAUAAGUUCCUAGAUGUGCAGCUUCCAUAUCCUUAACUCAUACUCUGCCAACACAUUGGUGGUGGUUUCAGUGAGGAUUCCCCCUAGCUAGCUGUUGAGUAAGAUCAAGCACGGUUGAUGACUGACAGCAUCUGUUGUUGAUCAGGGGCCUAGCAUUGUAGACACACAGCCUCUAGGCCAUUCUGACAACUAUGCAAUUGCUUGUUGGUGAUUUCCCUGAAACUUGACCUUUCUGGGCUGAGUGGAGGUCUAGAAAGUAUAACACUUCUGUCUCCCAUUGUCAUGGGGAAAAACACCUCAUCCAGCUGUGCCUCCUUUCCCCACAGCCACUCUCAGUCUAAGCUCUGAGUUACUGUCCUGCUUCCCUGGUUAAUUUGUGGAAUCCAUAUGUGAGGUUAGUGGUGCCCUGGGAACCAUUUAUUUCCUAGCAAAGGCUACAGAGCUGCAAUAGUCAUUGCUGUUGAGGGUUCAACUUUGGACAUGAGAGACUGGCGUUAUUAAACACUCAAGAUGACUGUUCUUGUGGAACCAAGAGCUGAGUAGGCAGUGUUUAUUUAGGGUUAUGAGUGUCAUCUUCGAACAUAGUGAAGAGCUUUGGACAUGGGAUAGAAAUUCAGACUGAGUAUCCACAUAGAAAAGGACUUUUGCGGAGGGCAGUUUUGUUAGAAUAUAUCACACAUCCUUCAGUAUUUACCAUCAGACUUUGGACAAAUCAGAUGACCAGUUUAGAAGGAAAGGAAAUGAGUAAAUGAGGUGUCCUUUACAUGGCCGAUGCCAGUGUCUUUGGCUAUCCAAGAGAAAGCAUUUUAACAUGAUCAAAGGUCUGGAAGUCUAUCCUAGGAAUUCUCUAAAUUCCUUGGGUAGAGCAGGCCAUCUUUUCAUCUGCAUUUCCAUCAUCUGUGGGUAUGUUGUCACGGCUGAUGUUUAGCAGCUGCUUUUAAGGAAUGUGGACCUGCAGGCUGCACCGCUUUGCUGUAGGCUUGGGGGUGCAGCACACACCUUCUGUGCACCAUCUUGGAUCUUCUGUGGUGCAGGUCUUUGCAAUGGAUAACAUGCAUUUGGGGCACGAACUCUCCAGUCCUUUGGCUUCCCACAGCUAUGGCGUGGGGGCAGGAACCUCCAGGCUGCUAUUUCUACCCUUUGAAAGGGAGCCUGUGUCAGGCUAGCCACUGCCUCUGCUCCUAAGCCACCUGCUCCUUGCCUCUCCAGAUGAGGGUCCGCUCUGUCAGCAGUUUCCCAUGAGUGACCAUUUCUGAAACAGUGGAAGUGAUACUGGCCGUUGAGCACAUGAGGAAACUAAGGCCCAGGGAGCUGCCUUCCUCAUUAUCCACAGCCAGUAGUCCUCAGCCCUGCCCAGUGUCCAUUUUUCCUGCCUCUGUUUAUGUGAUUGCCAUUUUCCUUAGCUUGGUUGUCUGCCUGGUAGCAGCAGUCAACAAUUUGUCUAAGUCCUCUGCUGGCUCUUUCCCUUAGCGGGUAUCUACUUAAAGCUGGAGUGCUACUUAGGUCAUGGAGGUUUGCUGUGUGGUCAGCUGAGUAUUAAAUUGGCCUACAAAUGGUGCCGCCUCUGGCAAGGACUCAAUUCACCAUUAAAAUGGCUGCCCUGAUUUUUCCACAUGACUUUGAUUUCAUGUUUGGAAGUCUCAGGAUGUUGGCUAUCUAUGUAGCCACCGUGUUGGUUUGAUUUUUUUUUUUCAUAGCAUUCUGACAGUCAGACACAUUGCUCUCACAAUGCAAAACUUAGUCCUCUGCCAACUUUUAGAAUUACCCUGAGUCAUUUUGUGUUGGUUCAAAGUAGACUUGAGUUAAAACAACUCAAGAGUGCAGCUGUGCCGUCCCAUUGGUGAGAACACUAAAUGUGGCAUUUUGUCAGUGAUUAGGUGGGUCCGGUGUCCCAGCUAUCAGAGGCUCCAUAAUCAACAGUGACAUUGCCAUGGCAUGUCCUUUAUUUUCCAAACUCAAAUGGCUGUUUCUCACAGUGAUCUGACUCCCCAAGCACAAAUCUUGCCAAGAGGAAGAUGACCUUGGAAUAACCUGUAAGGGCACUGGGACCAGAAACCUGUGGAAAGGAGCAGAGUUCUACAUUUGAUUUGGUCACAUUUCUCACCAGCCCAUCUGUGGGUAUUCAGCCUCUCGUGGUAUCAAGAACCCUGAAGCAUGUCAGUUUGUAGCUGUUUCUACCAGGCUUUAACCCUGUUCCUCAUCCAUCACAGCAUUUAGGGACCUGUCACCAUGUGUUUCAUAAGGCUUCCCGAGGAAGGGAGCAGAGAACAGAGGGGUGCAAGAGUGCUGUCAUCUCUUGUUCAGGUAUUGAGGGAUCCGUUUCACAACUCAUGGCUGUAGUCAGUCGGUGGUUCGUGUCGAUAGUCCUUUACCCUUCAUCAGGAUGGUAAGGAGACACAUCAUUACAGUCUUACUUGAUGCAGGUACUCUAUGUGGCAUCAGGUCACAGCCACUGGUGGCAAUAGGAUUGUUGGUUGUUUUUUCCAUUCAGUCCUAUAAUGAUUCUUGAAAUAGCAGAUGUUUACACAAAAAUCUAAACAAUAACUUGACUUCGGGAAUCUGCAGGUGUGUGAUUGCUACAUAUCGCCGCCAUUUUGUGACUUGUGCCUCUUUCUGCAAUUCUUGAGAAAGUGGAUGGAGCACCAUGGGAAGAUGUGAACUCUGUCCAGAACUCAAACACACAUCGUCCUUGUUUGAGGUCUGUGUUUUUCGGUACAAGGGAUCAGACAUUCAAUAUGUGCUCUAGACUAAUUCUAACGCCCACUGACUACCUCCUUAGUUUACAUAUAGACCAGUUAUCUCUUUUGGUUUAAAGGUAACUUUAUUAUUAUUAUUAUUAUUUUGGUGAGUUUUAGAAAAGAUUUUAAAUGUAUGAUUUCCUCAGUCAAUGCUGAAUCAUCUCACAGUGCAGGUCUGUGUUAAUUUGUGACAGCUUUCACAUAUGGAUCUGUAGAAACGUAAUAGAAAACGGUUUUGCACAUACGGUGUGAGUCUUGCUGGUGUGUGUUUAAUGUGGCGGCGACACUUGCCAAAGCUGCUUGGCAAACACGUCAAAAGGGAUGCUUGAGUCACAACUCUAAUGCAAAUGUGUCGAAACAGCAGUGUGUGUCAUUAUGAGGUAUUUUUGUAAACACAGUGAUGGCUUCUUUCAGUCAUGUAAGUGCUGGAUAAAAAUAACCACUUGAAACACUGGAGGAAAAUGUCACACAGCUGAUCGAAAGCUACUUGCAUUAUCAGCCAGGGGCAUUAGUGUGUGUGUGUGUGUGUGUGUGUGUGUGUGUUUAGAGUAAAGGAGAGAGUUGACAUCAGCAAUGUGGAGGGCAAAAAUAAUACCCCCAUCACCACUUACCUUUUAACAGUACAGUUUAAAACUUCAGCUGUUACAUUCACACACUAGAGGCCACUUGCACUCCCCGUAGUAUGUUGAUUUUGGGAAAUACUGGGAGAACUGGAAUUCUCACACCUAAUCACUGGCUUUGUCGGUCCAACUGUUGAAGGCAGUGAGUUACCAAAAACUUCUCUUCUAAGCUUCCAUAGCUGCCUGUAAGGCCUGGGCUCUCAUUGAAUCACAGUUCCCCAACAAUGAAAGUACAUCUGCUAGCAAGACCCAUUCAAAAACCUGGGUCACUCCGAACGGUGGCACCAGUACAAGUGGCCAGAUGUGCCUCAGCAUGUUGCAGAAUGGUUUGGUCCAGGUGGACAUCACUCCCACAGCAAUAGUUAACUUUGGCUACCUUAGUGUGGCCCUUGAUUCCUGUGUGCCCGUUGCUUUGAUAAGCACUUUAACACAGCCUUUUUCUCACAGCUGCCCUAAGGGCUGCUGCCUCCAGGGUGCUCCCCUGAGCUCACUUCAGCUCAGUAAGCAGGAUGGCCACUUCUGUUCGCCCCGUCAAGCAUGGUUCUCAAAGUCUGCCAACACUUAGGAGUGGACCUUUUUGUUUCCAUUUUUGUUUUUGUGGUGUUAUCAAGGGCAAGUUGGCAUUUAUGUCAUUAAUCUGCUCUGGAAAUACGCAGGUGCUUAAAUAACAAGCCUGUGAAGCCCAGGCCUCCAGGAGUUCUCAAAAAGCUGGCAGGAGGCUUGGCCUGUGUGACACUGUAAAGGAGACCAGAAACUAUUUAAAGGAAGUCUAGUUCUCCCCAACUGGUGUUCUAGGUUCCCUGUACAAAGAUGCAGGUAGGUAAAAGAAAACGGUAUUUUGUGACUAGAUCAUCUGGUGACAGCACUGGGUAUUGGCCAGUGUUCCUAUCUCUGUGUUUUGCAGCCUCCUGGUGACACUUCCAGUUUGGUGGAACAGGAGGUUUUCAUUGACAAUGUCACUGUGAGACCUGUAGAGGAGACUGUGUAAAGAGUAUAGUGACCUGUUGUUUUUUGCCCCUGUAGUUUAAGCUUUAUCAUCUUUCGAGAGCAUGUCAAGGCCACGAGGGCCCUAGUUCGUGCCUCGGGAGCAAGGCCUGCCAGAGGCAGACAGGGAACUCAGUCACUGUCCGGCCUGACCCUGCCCGGGCUAGGCCUCGCCUUCCUCUGCAGACUGGCGUGUAGCAGCUGCCACUGGGGCCAGUUGCCUUUACUCCAUUUUCUAUGAUGAACACUUGUGGAGAAACUGUGACAAAUCCAUUGAUCCUAAUAUUUUUAUUGUUGGAGUCUGUGGCUUCCCUGAAUAAUUUCUAUUUCAUUGUACUGUGUAGAAGUCAUACACACUAGGGAUAUGUUAAUAAAGCUAAAAUGCAUAGUAUAAUAUAGACUAGCAAAAAUUUUUUGUGAACAAUUUAUAUAGAAGAGUAAGUUGUUUUUUAAGUGUUAGGCCAUUUCUUUUAGGAACCUAAAAUGUUAUAAGAGUUUUUUAAGCAUUCAAUAUUUUUAAUUAUAAGAGACAUUUGUUACUAGAGCUGAUUAUUUCGGGUGUUCUAAUUGGAAUAUUGAUUUUCUUACCUCAUAUACCUCUAGAAUGCCACAUGUUCUGUUGGGGGUAAAAUUGCACAAUAAAUGUCAACUUAUCUGUUAGAUGUUUAACUU